AUGGCAAAACGCACAAUUGAAGACGUCGAGACCGAAGUGGCCGCUGCUGGAGCCGAUCUAAUCUCCAAAAAGAAAAAGAAGGACAAGAGUGAGAAGAAAUCUAAGUCUAAGAAGGACACUAUUCCCGGAAUCGUUGUCGCGGAUGCCGCACCUGCGCCUGAAACCGAGAAAGAGGAGACCAAUGGUGUGAGUGCUGAACCAGAGAAGAAAGAAAAGAAGGAAAAAAAGGAUAAGAAGGAGAAGAAGGAGAAGAAAGAAAAGGAGAAGAAGGAGAAGAAGGAGAAAAAGGAGAAAAAGGGCGAGGAGAAGGGCGAGGAGAAGGGCGAAGAAAAGAGCGAAACAGUAAACGAACCAAAAGCCGAUACCCUAGCUAUAGAAGAAGCGGCAGAACCCAAAAAGUUAUCGAAAGAAGAACGAAAAGCCGCAAAGAAGUCAGCAAAAGAAGCAAAGAAGGCCACGGAAUCAAACGGUACCACCAAUGGCGCCGAAUCUCCGAAGGAGACAGUCGCUGCAGAUAAAUACAAUGGUUCCACAGGAGCCCCAGUAGCGACCUCGGGGUACACUCAGAGCUCCGAGCUGACAGGCCUUCCGAAGACUACAGUUGACGAGUACCUUAACAAACACGCCAUCUUAAUUAAUGACCCACAUUCAUCUAACCUUCGCCCAAUAACCUCGUUCUCUCACCUUCCUUCUCACACAUUCGAUUUCUCAGCCUUCUCAGCACCUACCCCAAUUCAGGCCGCGACAUGGCCAUACACUCUUUCUGGUUACGACUGUAUUGGUGUUGCCGAGACAGGAUCUGGCAAGACGCUAGCAUUCUCCGUUCCGGCAAUUCGUCACAUUGCCUCCCUGAAGACCUCAACCAAGGGCUCAAAGGGUGUUAAGGUUGUAGUUGUAUCACCCACCAGAGAGCUGGCAAUGCAGAUCUACGAGACGAUGGAGAAGUUCUCAAAGGCUGCAAAGCUAAAUGCUGUCUGUAUCUAUGGUGGUGUGCCAAAAGACGAGCAAAGACAGAAGCUUAAGCGUGCGGACAUCAUUGUAGCAACUCCCGGAAGAUUACAGGAUCUCAUCGAUGAAGGAUGUGCAGACUUAAGUCAAGUCUCAUACCUAGUCCUUGACGAGGCUGAUAGAAUGCUCGAUAAAGGUUUUGAGGACGCAAUCCGCAAAAUCAUCUCUGUCACACCCACCGCUUCCCGCCAAACACUUAUGUUCACAGCUACAUGGCCCACAUCAGUUCGUGAGCUCGCAGCCACAUUCAUGAAGACCCCAGUCAAGAUCACAAUUGGUGACCGGGACGACCUCCGUGCGAACAUCCGUAUCAAGCAGACUGUCGAAGUUAUCGAUCAACGUGCCAAGGAGCAGCGACUUCUCGCUCUCGUCAGACAACACCAGUCCGGCGCCAUGAAAGACGAUCGUAUCCUCGUAUUCUGUCUAUACAAGAAGGAAGCGACAAGAAUAGAGAUGUUCCUUCGUAACCAGGGCGGUUUCAGAGUUGCUGGUAUUCAUGGAGAUUUAAGUCAGGAGCAAAGAACCCGAGCACUUGGGCAGUUUAAAGAUGGCAGUUGCCCGUUAUUGAUCGCGACUGAUGUCGCGGCGAGAGGAUUGGAUAUCCCGAAGGUGAAAUUAGUUAUUAAUGUUACUUUCCCAUUGACAAUUGAGGACUAUGUUCAUCGUAUUGGACGAACUGGAAGAGCCGGAGCUGAUGGGAUGGCUUAUACCUUCUUCACUGAGCACGAUAAGGCACACUCCGGUGCUCUCGUAAACGUACUCAAGGCAGCUGGACAGCCCGUACCGGAGAGUUUGUUGAAAUUCGGAACUACAGUGAAGAAGAAGGAGCACUCUGUAUAUGGCGCUUUCUAUAAGGAGACGGAUGGUGCGAAAGCGGCGACAAAAAUCAAGUUUGAUGACUAA